AUGGGCGUUGUUGCCGCGUUGGCCGACGCGCUUAAUGCCAGGGAAGACGGUUUGAAGUUGCUUCUUUCCGUUUUAGCAGGUAAUAAGACUAUAAAUUUACUUUUUAAGAGAGGUAAAUUGUUUAAGGAUAUCCGUUGGCCGUGAUUCAUAGGACAUUUUUGUAUAAUAAGCCGAAAAAUGUGCAACACGCGUUUUUUGUUGCAAUUGGGCUUCUUCUCUACGUUUGGAAUUAUGGUUUGUUCAAGUAUCUUUUUUUCAGUUAUUAAAGGUUCAUUAGUCUGAUUUAAGUCGAAAAGCUGGUUUCAGUGUUAUUCUUGUUCAUUUGCAGUUUAAAAACCUCAGGAAAUGUUUUAAAAAGUUAUUAGAAAAGAAUAAAAGUAAGAACUUAUUGAAAUUCAGGAAUGGCCGUGGUUCACAGCUUGAUCUCAAUACUCGCCGCGUUCAUAAUAACGAAUUUCCUUCCGGGAACUCAAGCAUCAAUCAUUCUAGCGCACACUUGCUUCUUAGUAAGUACAUAACUUUGCUAGUAAGAUUUUACCGAUUGGGAGCUUUGGAUUGAAGCAAAUUUCGAAUUUUUUUUUGUUUCCAGUGCAAAUUUUAUACAGACACGUCAGAAAGGAACUUUGAAAAUGUUUUGAAUUUUGGGAAGAAUAAUUCGUAAAUUUUUAUUAUAUAUUUUGACAAACUUUAACUGUUUUUCUUUACUCGAUUUGGAGCAAGUUAUGAGUUUUAAUCUUUAGAAACAUUUAUUUGUCAUUUUUUUGACUUUUAAAUAAUCUUUAUUCAAAGGUUCUAUCGAUUCUAAUGAUUUUUGAGCAGAAUAAUUGAACUUCAACCUCCAAAAUGGUACAUGAAACAGCUCGAUUCAUUUAGUUUCAGGGAAAUUAAAUUUCUGAAAAUUGGCUACAUCACUUUUUGAUGUAUCAGAUGAAGAUUCUGAAAAUCAAAAACCCGCCAAAAAUCUUUUAGUUUUUUUGAGAGAUAAGGUCAAAGAAAACCAUGAAAAUUCUAAUAAAAUGGGAUAUUUUUGGCUAUUUCGAGCCCUUAUUUCUCGACAAUUUUGAAGGUUGAAACUUUCAGAAAAUUCUUAUGGUACGUCAGAAAGUAUUCUUGAAUAUUUUCAUGUAAAUCCAGACCUUGAAAUAAAAUGACCUUCCUUGUAAAUCAGGCAUAUGUUUUCUAUGGUCUUCUAGAAACUCCUAAUAGUUUGGUUUACCUGAAAAAAACAAUAGAAACCUGAAAAAUAGUAUAUUCAAUCACAGGAGAGUUGAAAUUUCGAAGCCUUUCCCUUGCCGCCUAAAUUUAAAAUCAAAACGAAAAAGUGACUACUUUAGGGACACCUUCUGGUCGGUUACUGGUACAUGGAGACGGACGGCUACGACAUAACGUGGACGACGCCGUUCUGCAUCAUGACGCUGCGGUUCAUCGGCCUGGUGAUGGAUGUUUAUGACGGCGUCCAUCAUGUUCGUCCUUUUUGUCACUUCUUUCGCGCCCAACAACAUCUUCUUUUUGUUUUGUUUUGACAGUGAAUCAUCUUUAGGCGAAGCUGCGCGAUGACCAGAAGGAGACCGCCAUCCGCGACGCUCCCGGUCUUUUGGAGGUUUGGAGGGAUCGUUAAGUGUUUCUUGGAAAAAAGCGGAGUAAAAUGCACAUACGUAACGGUUCGGAAGGAAAUUUUUGAGGCAAUCGUCAGUUUUCAUCUUGGAAAAAGACUCAAGAAGGGGUAAAAUAAAUUACGAUAUUUUCUUUGAAGGCGAUUUUUGAGGGAACCUCAAAGUUUUUUUCCUUAGAAAAGAAAAACGUUUGAAAAAAAAAAGUAAGGUCUCGUUUUGAAAAUGAAUUUUUAGAGCGAGUUUCGAAGUUUUUUUCUAUCCAUCCCCAUAAAAAUUCGUUUCUCACAGGCUGUUGUCCUAUUGAAAAAAAGUUUCGUUUCAAGUUUUUUUACCAAGAUUAGUUUGAUUUUAUUAAUUUAGACGAAAAGCUUUUCGAAAUCAAAAGAAAAACUUAUAAACUCGAAGAGAAGGGCUAUGGGAAAAGAAAUAUUACCUAAGUUCGAAAUGUCAUGAAAAAAAGGGUCAGAAAAUAUUUUAAUAAUAAAAAAGCGUUUUUUUUUUGAUUUUGAAUCGAUUUUCAGUGUCGUAGGUGGAAAUUACUGGUUCUAUCAAAAUCAACAAAAUGGCCAAAAAUUUAAAGAAGUUAUAUUUUUUUCGUCUUCAAAAAGUCUUGUGGUAGGCCAAAAAUUAAAAAAAGCUUUUUUUACUUGUUCAUAAAAAUAAUGCGGCUUAGCUUCUCUCGAGUUAACCCUAAAUUUGAAGAUUGCCGCUUUCGGGUACUUUUUCGCCGGGACUUUGGUCGGACCGCAGUUCAGCUUUUCCCGUUUCCGAUCUUUUGUCAACGGGGAAUAUCUUCAUGAAGGACAGCCUCGUCAGAGCGCGUAAGAGUCGAUAUUUACCUAACUUUGAGAAAAAUACCGAAAGAAAAGCGAUAUCGCUAGCGAUACAGUAGAGAACUUGCAAAUUUUGUCGCGCAUUUUUCUAACUAGGAACGUUUUUGCGUAAUUUGCGGAUCUUAAAAAGUUCCGUAAUAAGGGCGAUAACCUACCUAGCAUUUUAGAAACCUUCAAAAAUUUUUUUGAGUGCGGGAGAAAGGCGAUGUCGCGAGGUAAGAGCGACAUGUUAGUGAAUUCGUCAAUUUACCGCGAUAUCACAUUUCGCUUCCAGGAUUACCUGUAUUAUCAGUAUAGAAAAAGAUGAAGCUAUAAACCUUGAAAGAAACAGUGAAUUAACGUUUCCCUCGCAGUUUGAUGCCGUCGAUUGGAAGAUUCUUGGCCGGCUGCACCUACAUGGUCCUCAAUCAGUGGGGCAACGUCUGGAUCCCCGAUUCCUUUUUCAAUUCUCAGCAGUUCUUCGUGAGUUUCCUGUUAUUGACUGAAUGAAUUAGGGAAAAAUAGAGGGAUUUAUAAAUUAAUAAAUUCUGAGUUUUCAUCAUGAUCAGUUUAUUUAUGCAAUAAAUAAAAUAAAAUAUUCUCUGAGGGCCAUCAGAUCUCUUAUGAGGAAAGUCGAAUAAGAAAAAUAGAAACAAGAAAAAAAUUUUUCUAUGUAUAUUCAAAUGAAGAGCUUAGAAAUUAAAAAAAGCUAAAUUUUAAGAAUAAUAAACUUUUUGAAAUUUCUUUUUGAAAAAGGAUGAAUAACAAGAUUGAACGAUGAAGAAAUAAAUUCCGUUAAAAAGCUCCAGUGAAAGCGUAAAUUGAUGAAUAACCCAGAUAAUGUUUCUUUUUGAAAAAAACCUUUUGUCGCCAUUUUCAGACUUCACGUCAUAAGUUAACACUGAAUUCAGUUGAUUUAGUUGGAAAUAAUCAAUUUUGAAACUUGAAAACUCCAAACAUCAUAAAAAAAGCGAUUUAAAAAAACAGUUAAUAUGAGUUUUCUAAUGUUUCAGUCACAUAACCUGGGUAGAAAGGCCAUUUUUAUGCAUUUCAAUUUAUUUCUGGCAAAAAAAUUUUUCGAAGCUUUUAUUUUUUUGAUUUUCAAGAGGUCAGAAGGGAUAAUUUGUUAAUUUUAACUUGUCGUUACAACUCAUUUUUUUAGAAAGUUCAAAAUGGAAAAAACUCGCCCCUGUCGUAGCACCAGUGCAAAAACGAUUUAUCUCCUUUUCAAGCCUCAGCAAAUGAGAAAUAUAAGAUUCCCGUUUCAAUUUUUGAAUUUAUACUCUUACUAUCGAUUAUAUCGAGAAGAUAUUUGGAAUUUGUAAUUUUUUCCCAAGAAUUUUCAAAUUUCAUUUUCUGAAUCUAGGACAUGUCGUUCUUCUGGCGAUGGACCUGGACGACGAUUUGGUUCCGUCUGACCAUGUACCGCUACUGUGCCAUGUGGCUGAUGAUGGUAAAACUGUCGAAAUUCGAAAAAUUUAUAAUAAAAACAUUUUCCAAGGAAGGUGCGGCCAUUUUGAGUGGAAUCGGGUACAACGGAAAGGACAAGGCUGGAAAUGAUAGGUACAUUCUGGAGUUUCUUUCUGAGAAAGUUUUUUUGAAAGGUUCAAAAUUGCUUUUUUUGAGAAAAAAACAUCUUUCAAACUAUAUCAAGUCAUGAAAAUAAAUAUUUGGAUCGAAAGCGGUACAAAAUUUGCAAUAUAAAUCGAUUUUUUUAGGGUAAAAAAAUAAACGCAAAUAAGGCUUUUGGGGGAAAAAAAUAGUAACUUUUUCUUUUUUAAUAUCUUAAUCUUCUGUAUUUCUCUUGGAUCAUUUUCAUUUUCCUACAAAUUCACAAUAUAUAUUUUUUUUUCUCACUCCCUUUUUUUCACAAAACGUCUCUGGAAUGAUUUGGAAUAUUCUUUGAUUUACUGGACCUUCAAGUGAUCGUUUUCUAAUUAAUUAAUAACCAUAUAACUUGUGAUAAUUUUAGAUGGGACGGAGUCCGAGAUAUCCACAUUUUGGUUUGGGAAACGGGACAUGACUACACUUCUGUCGUUUCUUCCUUCAACUGCGGAACCAACACUUUUGCCAAAAAGUUUGUUUUUUUUUCCGUUUCUUCUAGGUGAGGUUUCAUGGUGGGAAAGUUGGACAAAAAUUGAGUUUUUUUUUGUUGAAUAUUCGAAUUCUUACUAGUAUUUUUUUUAACCGGAAAAUGUGAAAAUUUAACUAUCCCUUACUUUGGCGGAGGAGGUCUUUCUAAGGUUCUGAACGUAGAAAGAAGAAUUCCCACUAGAGUGACAACUUACGGCUUUCUAGGGAUCUUUUGAGAAGGGCUACUGAUAUUUAUUUUUUUGAACUAUUUUUUUAUUGUAAUUUGUCAAGUUUCAUGUUUUAGAUAAGUUUAGAAAAAUCUUAAAAAGCAACGAUUUUUUUCUGGGCCCUGUUUGUUCAGAAAAUACUUGAAAAAUUUGACUUUUUUUGUAAAUUCAAAAAAAGGACGAAAAAUAUUUCAAAAAAAUGACUCUAGUCAUUUUUCUGUGUUGCUUACGCCGUGUUCAAAGUAACUUCCGCGAAAUUCAAAAUUUUCCCUGACUCUCCAAAAAUUAGUUAUCUUCUCCACUCUCUGACGGUUUUUUUGAAUUUCUCGGAGUCACUUUGAACACGAAAUUAGUGUUUCAAGCAUUCGUUUUCCGGUUCCGAGAAAGUUUGUUAUAGUUAAGUUGAAAAAAAACCACCUGAUUGAAUUCAUUUUUGAGGAAAAAGAACCUAUUUUUCACGAUUUUAUGAAAAAAAAAGCCGAAUGAUCUGUAGGAAUAACUGCUCUUACAAAAAUGGGGGUGUAAGUAUGUACCCCGCAGUGAACCCCGAAAAAAGUGAGCUUUUCGUUGAUGUUUGCGCUGAACCCCGCGUUGGACCUGAAUGGGGUGAACCCCUGGGGCAACCGGUCAGAAAUGAAAAGUUCUUUUUGAGCUACCGAAACGACCUAGGAUGAAACGGUAGAAAAUGGUGAUAUGGGGAAACAAACCACUUCGAAAUCGUGUACGGAAAAAGUACCUUAAUGGGCAUUUAAAGCUAAACGGGGUGCACCCCUGGUUACACUGCGGGGUGAAACGAGAGUUGGACGCGGGGUGCACCGCAACUUUUGUUAGAGUGGUACAACUAAAAAAAAAACCCGAAUCUCUUACAGUCACAUCUUCCGCCGUUUGCGCUGGAUGGGAAACAAAUUGGCGUCCCAUUUGGUCACCCUGAUGUACUUGGCCGUCUGGCACGGAUACCAUCUCGGCUAUUUCCUGCUCUUCCUCAUCGAACUCGCCUGCGUCGUUUCCCAGGAACAGGUUCAAAUUGCCUCUCCCUCGAAACCGCGAAAUUCUAUAGUCCUCUUUUUUCAGGUUUUUUGAGCCAGAAAUAAACUAAAAAUACAUUAAAAAGGCCUUUCUAACCAGGUUAUGUGACUCAAACAUUAGAAAAACUCAUAUUAACUGUUUUUUUAAAUCGCUUUUUUUAUGAUGUUUGGAGUUUUUCAAGUUUCAAAAAUUGAUUAGUUCCAACUAAAUCAACUGAAUUCAGUGUUAACUUAUGACGUGAAGUCUGAAAAAUGGCGACAAAAAAACUAUUUCGAAUAUCGUGAAGUUUCUCUAACUUUUGGUUAUUGUUCCGUCUUUCAUCGUAUAGAGAAUUUUUGAGGCUUUUUGAAAGUUUGUAUUCAUUGAGAACGUGAAACAGGGAUCUCAUUUUUUUCUUCAUAUUUUUUUGAAAAAUUAAUUUAAGAUUGAUUGAAAUUUGAUGACCAUCAAAGUCUGAAAUGCCUUAUUAGUUCAUUUUUUUAUAGUUCUUCAUGGAAAGGGUUCUUUAGAGAGGUGAAAAAAUCAAGAAAAGAUUAGCAAUACGAAAAUUGAAAAGAAGUGCUUUGAAGUUGUGACGACUGUUAUUUGUAACACCCUGGUGGAAUUUCGGCUCGUAAAAACAGCUCAGAAAGUUUCAGAAAGAUUAAGCUCCAUACGAAAAAAUGUUUCGCAGCUUUUUCUAGCGCUACUGUACUUCAUUUUCUGUCUAGGAAGCUUCCAAACGCAUUUUUCUAUAAAAUAUCUAAAAUUUAAGCUUUAUCACUUGAUCGCGCGAACUCCGGGAUGGUCGGAGACGUUGGCGAAGCCUUGGGCGCGGCCUUUCGCUUGGCUUUUCGGCAAAUUGACCAUUUCCUACUCGAUGGGAUUCGCGUUCCUCAUGUUUGGCCUCAUCAAGAGCAAGUACUGGAUCGCGGUUCGUUAUUUCUCCUUUCCCACGUGAACUUUUCCCUUUUUCUUCAGCCCGUCAAGUCGCUCUACUUUAUUGGCUUCAUCAUUUACUUUGUCGCCUGGCCGAUUACUUACCAGGUCCUUCUCAGGGUCUUACCGAGAAAGCCAAAGGUUUUUUUGAUAACUUUUAACCUAAAAAAAUUAAAAAAAUUCAGGAAAAAAAUCUACUGAAGCAAAAGCCGGUGCACGAAGAGAAGAAGGAGUUGUAA